AUGUCUGACUCCGAAAAUACCCCCACAGGCGCCCAGACGCCAAUCAACGACUCUAUCCUCGAAAAGGAAGAGAAGGGUCAGCUUCCCACCUUGCCUAAGAAGGCAGCCAAGGACUACAUCUUCAUUUCCAUCUGUUGUUUCCUUGUUGCUUUCGGUGGUUUCGUCUUUGGUUUCGACACCGGUACCAUUUCCGGUUUCGUCAACAUGGACGAUUUCCUCAGAAGAUUCGGUCAGCGUAAUGACCUGGGUGAAUACUACCUUUCCGAUGUCAGAACCGGUUUGAUGGUUUCCAUUUUCAACAUCGGCUGUGCCAUCGGUGGUAUUCUUUUGUCCAAGAUCGCAGACGUCCGUGGUAGAAGAAUCGGUAUCAUGAGUGCCAUGCUUAUCUACGUUGUCGGUAUCAUCAUCCAGAUUGCUUCCCAGUACGCCUGGUACCAGUACUUCAUUGGCCGUUUGAUUACCGGUCUUGCCGUCGGUAUCGUGUCUGUUGUGUGCCCUCUUUUCAUUGGUGAGUCUGCGCCAAAGCACCUCAGAGGUACUCUUGUUUGCUGUUUCCAGUUGUGUAUCACCUUGGGUAUUUUCCUCGGUUACUGUACCAACUACGGUACCAAGGAGGCCUACACUGACUCCAGAACCUGGAGAAUCCCAUUGGGUCUCUGUUUCGCCUGGGCCAUCAUGUUGGUUGCUGGUAUGUCCUUCAUGCCUGAGUCUCCUAGAUACUUGGUGGAGAAGAACAGAAUCGAUGACGCCAGAAACUCCAUCGCCAGAUCCAACAAGGUCUCUGUGGAGGACCCAGGUGUGUACACCGAGGUCCAGCUUAUCCAGGCUGGUAUCGACCGUGAGAAGCUUGCUGGUACCGCUGGCUGGACUGAGUUGAUCACCGGUAAGCCCAAGAUCUUGUACAGAGUGUUCAUCGGUAUUAUUCUCCAGUCGGUCCAGCAGUUGACCGGUAACAACUACUUCUUCUACUACGGUACCACCAUUUUCAAGGCUGUCGGUAUGGACGACUCUUUCCAGACCUCCAUUGUGUUGGGUGUUGUCAACUUUGCCUCCACUUUCGUCGGUAUCUACGCCAUUGAGAAGAUGGGCAGAAGACUCUGUCUUUUGGUGGGUUCUGCCACCAUGAGUGUGUGUUUCAUCAUCUACUCCGUUCUCGGUUCCGUCAACCUUUACAUCGACGGCUACGAAAACACCGCCAGCAACACCAGAAGACCAACAGGUAACGCCUUGAUUUUCAUCUCCUGUUUGUUCAUUUUCUUCUUUGCCUCGACCUGGGCCGGUGGUGUCUACUGUAUUGUGUCGGAGACCUACCCAUUGAGAAUCAGAUCCAAGGCCAUGUCUGUGGCCACCGCUGCCAACUGGUUGUGGGGUUUCUUGAUCUCCUUCUUCACCCCGUUCAUCACCUCCGCCAUCCACUUCUACUACGGUUUUGUGUUCACGGGCUGUUUGGUGUUUUCCUUCUUCUUUGUGUACUUCUGUGUGCCAGAGACCAAGGGUCUUUCUUUGGAGGAGGUGGACGAGUUGUACGCCUCCGGUGUGGUUCCAUGGAAGACUUCCACGUGGGUGCCUCCUUCGGUCGAGAGCCAGGCCACCACCACCGGAUUCGCUGCUGAGUCCAAGCCUGUUGAUGAGCAGGUCUAA